AUGGAAGAGCACGUGAGAAUUCUCUUUUUUCGUGGCUUUUGCAGUAGGGACUUUGGCAGCAGCUGGGGAGGCGGCGACAGGCGGGGCGGUGGCGGCUCGGGCAGUUACCGCAACAGCCAGCCCGGCGGCAACCUGCGCAAGCCGGACUGGGACCGCAUCCAGCUGCAACCCUUCCAGAAGAACUUCUACCACGAACACCCGAACACGGCCAACCGGUCGCCUCAGGAAGUGGACGCUUAUCGGCAGGCCAACGAGAUCACAGUCAAGGGGCGCGAGGUGCACAAGCCCAUCCUGCACUUCGAGGAGGGCAACUUCCCCGACUACAUCCUCAAGGCCAUUCAAGCGCAGAACUACACCACGCCGACCUGCAUCCAAGCCCAGGGGUGGCCCAUCGCUCUCAGCGGCAAAGAUUUCGUGGGCAUCGCCCAGACCGGGUCGGGCAAGACUCUCGGCUACAUUCUCCCCGCCAUUGUGCACAUCAACCACCAGCCAUACCUGCAGCGCGGUGACGGCCCCAUUGCUCUGGUUCUUGUACCGACGCGUGGGCUCGCCCAACAGAUCCAGCAAGUCGCCUUGGAUUUUGGCAAGUACACCCGAGUUCGCAGCACGUGUGUGUUUGGCGGUGCGCCGAAGGGACCCCAGCUCAGGGACAUCGAAAGUGGUUCCGAGAUCUGCAUUGCCACGCCCGGCCGCCUAAUUGACUUCCUGGAGGCAGGCAAGGUGAACCUUCGUCGCUGCACGUACCUGGUGCUGGACGAGGCCGACCGCAUGCUGGACAUGGGCUUUGAGCCUCAGAUCCGCAAGAUUGUAGAACAGAUCCGUCCGGACUGUCAGACCCUGAUGUGGAGUUCUACCUGGCCCAAGGAGGUCCGUACCCUGGCCGAGGACUUCCUCAAGGACUACAUCCAGAUCAACAUUGGGGCACUUCAGCUGUGCGCCAACCACAGCAUUUUGACCGAAAAGGAGGGCAAGAGAAUGACGAGGAGCGCUACUGCGGCACUUGCCGCCUUGGGUGGCGCCUCAGCUCCGGAAGCUCAUCAACGUACACGGAAGCAGCCUACCACGCUAGCAGCGAAAGCAGCCCGGCAGCUUGCACGCCAGAAGGAGCAGGAGCGGAUUGACAUUUACCGGGAAAAACACUCUCCGAGGGAUGCUGCCACUGGGCUACAUUCUGAACCAGCUGUGGAGGCAUCCCUGCCCAUCCGUGAGCUGAAAGGAAAAGAAAACCAGAAUUUGGGCUCAAAGGCAGACAGUCACACGGAGAAAAUGCUUCAGGCCCACCCACCACGUUUGUUGACGACAGACAGGAGUGCUGCUCCAGCUAGUAUGGAUGGAGCCAACGCAAAAGUAAGCAAGCCCAUUGUGCGUUCAGCAGUCAAGAAGUCUGGAGCUGCUUUAGAUGUGAAGAAACAUAUAGUUCCUCUAUCAGUGAGACAACAUGCACCUCUCUCAGCAAUUUGUAAGAGUGCUGCUGCUUUACCAGUGAGAAAAGUUGUCACUCCGGCACUGAAAAAGCCUGCAGCACUUCCAGCAGCACCGCUCCAAAGUUUGGCAGAACUUGUGGGCAAAUUCCACAGCAAGACACCAACAAGGUUUCGACGAGUUCCAAAGGACCCAGGUGGAGAACGUCGUGAUGUGGUAUUUAAAAAGCCCACAAUUCCUGUGACCCCAAAAUUGGCUACACAGCUGCGAUCACGCACUGUUUCCUUGAGAGAUCAAAAGCGUAAAGCAGAAGAGGUCAACGUUGGUGUCAGCAACCCAAAGAAGCCAAAGGUAGAAGCUGCGAGAGUCAACGUUAGGGUAGAACCAGUGUCAAAACCAGCAUUGCAUGCCAAGAAGGCCCAACAGGAUCUCUUGGCUUCAAAGCUCUCAACAAAGCCACCCCAAAAGAAGCUUGCCAAUACUGCAACAUCAAGAGAAGUGUCAAAAAGGGUAACAGUGUCCAAGUCUCCAGCAUUUGCACUGAAGUUGCGAAGCGAAAAAUGGAAGCAUAGAAAGCAAGUGGAGCAGAAGACUUUGGGCGUGAAGUCGACUCUGUCUGCCAUGGACGAGCAGAGGAGUUCUGGAGCCACAGGGGGAAACAAAGCUGCAUUGAAACCUGCUUCAGUCAAGCUUCGUAGGGCAUCGUCAUCGCGUAGUAUCAGCACUGGUGUAAUGUCGUUGCGACAGAAGAGCAAAGAGAAGUCGACUCUGUCUGCCAUGGACGAGCAGAGGAGUUCUGGAGCCACAGGGGGAAACAAAGCUGCAUUGAAACCUGCUUCAGUCAAGCUUCGUAGGGCAUCGUCAUCGCGUAGUAUCAGCACUGGUGUAAUGUCGUUGCGACAGAAGAGCAAAGAGAAGUCGACUCUGUCUGCCAUGGACGAGCAGAGGAGUUCUGGAGCCACAGGGGGAAACAAAGCUGCAUUGAAACCUGCUUCAGUCAAGCUUCGUAGGGCAUCGUCAUCGCGUAGUAUCAGCACUGGUGUAAUGUCGUUGCGACAGAAGAGCAAAGAGAAGUCGACUCUGUCUGCCAUGGACGAGCAGAGGAGUUCUGGAGCCACAGGGGGAAACAAAGCUGCAUUGAAACCUGCUUCAGUCAAGCUUCGUAGGGCAUCGUCAUCGCGUAGUAUCAGCACUGGUGUAAUGUCGUUGCGACAGAAGAGCAAAGAGAAGUCGACUCUGUCUGCCAUGGACGAGCAGAGGAGUUCUGGAGCCACAGGGGGAAACAAAGCUGCAUUGAAACCUGCUUCAGUCAAGCUUCGUAGGGCAUCGUCAUCGCGUAGUAUCAGCACUGGUGUAAUGUCGUUGCGACAGAAGAGCAAAGAGUGUACACCUGUUCGAUUCAAAGCACGGCCAGCACCAGACAGCAGCCGUAUGUUCAGACUGCGAAGCACGUCAGCGCCCCCGACAAAGCCAAAGCCAUUUAGGCUUGCCUCGGUGGAAAGGCAUCAGGAGUUCGUAUUUCAGUUUGAUAAACUGAAGCAAUGGCUAGAAGCGGAAAGGCUUCGCAAAACAAAAUUUAUUGCUCGGCCCGCUCCACGGUCAAUUCAAGGCAGGGCCAAAAGCAUUGACAGAAGCUCAGUGGAAAAGGCAGCGCCUGGGCCAUCUGGGCACGUGAGCAGGCCACGACGUCGUUAGAUAGUCGAUAAACUGCAUCAAUGCCUGCA